AUGGGGGGCUGGGCGCGCCGCCUGCUGCUGGGGCUGGGUCUGCUGCUGGGUCUGGGGGCGUCCGGGGGGGCGUCCGGGGGGUCGGCGGGGCGCUGCAAGCGCGCGGCGCGGUGCGAGGCGGUGUCGUCGGGCGGCUGCCUGGGCUCGGCGCUGCCCUACGCCGCCACCUCCACCCUCCUGGCCGACGACUCCCGCUCGCAGGACGACGCCCGGCACAAGCUGCUCCUCUGGUCCGGUUUGCGAAAUGCCCCCCGCUGCUGGGACGUCAUCCAGCCCCUUCUGUGCGCUGUCUACAUGCCCAAGUGUGAAGAUGGCAUGGUGGAGCUGCCCAGCCAGACCCUGUGCCAGGCGACCCGGGGGCCCUGCACCAUCGUGGAACGGGAACGGGGCUGGCCCGAUUUCCUGAAAUGCACCACAGACCGCUUCCCGGAAGGAUGCCCGAAUGAGGUCCAGAAUAUCAAGUUCAACAGUUCGGGGCAGUGCGAGGCCCCCCUGGUCCGGACCGACAACCCCAAGAGCUGGUACGAGGACGUCGAGGGGUGCGGAAUCCAGUGCCAGAACCCCCUGUUCACCGAGACGGAGCAUCAUGAAAUGCACGUCUACAUUGCCGGAUUCAGCUUGGUCACCAUUUUUUGCACCUUCUUUACCUUGGCCACCUUCGUCGCAGACUGGAAGAACUCGAAUCGGUACCCGGCCGUCAUCCUCUUCUACGUCAAUGCCUGCUUCUUCAUGGGCAGCAUCGGGUGGCUGGCGCAGUUCAUGGACGGGGCCCGCAGCGAGAUCGUGUGCAGAGCGGAUGGGACCAUGCGCUUGGGAGAGCCCACCUCCAACGAGACCCUCUCAUGCGUGAUCAUCUUCGUCAUCGUCUACUACUCCUUGAUGUCGGGCGUGAUCUGGUUCGUCAUGCUGACCUACGCCUGGCACACGUCUUUUAAGGCCCUGGGCACCACCUACCAGCCACUGGUGGGCAAGACCUCCUACUUCCACCUCGUGACCUGGUCGAUCCCUUUCGUCCUCACAGUCGCCAUUUUGGCUGUCGCUCAGGUGGACGGAGACUCCGUCAGCGGCAUCUGCUUCGUAGGGUACAAGAACUACCACUAUCGGGCAGGUUUCGUGUUGGCCCCCAUCGGUCUGGUGCUGAUCGUGGGGGGUUAUUUCUUGAUCAGAGGUGUGAUGACCCUCUUCUCCAUCAAGAGCAACCACCCCGGCCUGCUGAGCGAGAAAGCAGCUAGCAAGAUCAACGAGACGAUGCUGCGUCUGGGAACCUUCGGCUUCUUGGCCUUUGGCUUUGUGUUCAUCACCUUUGGCUGCCACUUCUACGACUUCUUCAACCAGGCGGAAUGGGAACGCAGUUUCCGGGAGUACGUCCUCUGUGAGGCCAACGUCACGAUUGCGACUCAGACCAAUAAACCCAUCCCCGACUGCGAGAUCAAGAACCGGCCCAGCCUCUUGGUGGAGAAGAUCAAUCUUUUUGCCAUGUUUGGGACUGGUAUUUCCAUGAGCACCUGGGUAUGGACCAAAGCCACCCUCCUCAUCUGGAAACGUACCUGGUGCAGGCUGAUCGGCCAAAGCGACAAUGAGCCCAAGAGGAUCAAAAAGAGCAAGAUGAUCGCCAAGGCCUUCUCCAAGCGGAAGGAGCUGCAACACAACCCCCAUCAGGAGCUCUCCUUCAGCAUGCGCACUGUCUCACAUGAGGGGCCCGUGGCUGGCCUGGCGUUCGACAUCAACGAGCCGUCGGCUGACAUUUCCUCAGCCUGGGCACAGCACGUCACCAAGAUGGUGGCUCGCAGGGGGGCCAUCUUGCCUCAGGACAUCUCUGUCACACCCGUGGCUACUCCUGUUCCCCCCGAGGAAAGGGCCAACUUGUGGGUGGUGGAGGCUGAGAUCUCGCCCCGGCUGGAGAGGAAGCUGCGCCACAAGAAGAAGAAACGCCGGAAGAAGAAGGAGGUGUGUCCCGAGAUGCCUGUCGGCGAACGCUACAACAUCCCUGACGUGGACCGCUUUGCCCCAAAAAGCCUCAGCUCUGUUCCGCGCCUCCCCCAACUACCCAGGAACAAGUGUUUGGUGUCCGGCCCCAAAGAGCCCCUGCACGAAAUGCGGCCAUCAGGAGCUUAUCCCGAAUUGAGAUCCGGCACGCUGCAGCGGGAAGAUCCGUUUUCCAGGGGAAUGCGAGAGCCCACGGGGAGCUACAGGCAAACCGGCGCCCUGAAUUGCAUCAGCCACCCCUUUUGCCCGGAUAACGUCCCGCCUGACGAGGCGGGACCUGGGAAUGGAGCUCGGCUGUUCCCGGUGCCUCCGCAGCAGCUUCAGCGCGGCGGCUUUUUCCAGCAGCCCCGUCCAGGCCCGGCCCCCGCCUCCGUAUUUUUCGGGAACGGCCCUUACCAGUCCCAGACUCAAGGGAGAGCCUUACCCCCCAUCCACUCCCAGACCAACCUCAUGGACGCCCAGCUGCUGGACGCCGAUUCUGAUUUCUAG